AUGUCGAUUUCGCAAGCGCACAUAAAUACGGAGCUCGUUUUAUCAUCAGGGUGCAUCCAUACUUCCAUCCUCCACCUCUUUCAAUUCUCUUCUCCAUCGGUCAUAAAAUCGCAAACCAAGCACAACUAUCAGGCUACUAAGGGCACCAACUACACCGACCCUUCCUUCAGCAUUCACUACACGAGUGCAACAAAGGCCGGCUUUAUUCGUGCUGGAUAUCAGUUCGCGCACCCAGAUUCAGCCAUUGGUGCAGCACAAACUGCACACUUCCUAGCGCAUUUGGGGGGAUUGACCGGCAACGGCAUAACUUUGCCUGGCAUGUUGGAUAUCGAAAGCAACCCGAAUGGAUCCCAAUGCUACGAGCUCAGUGCAUCUGCGAUGGUGUCGUGGAUUCUAGGAUUUCGUGAGCGGAUGGCGACGGCACGCCGCCUGGCGGUUGGACACAUACCAUCUGGCAGCUCGGAUAAGUAUGAGGUUGGGGGAGAUGGGGAUAUGUUAAAUGGUGAUCAGCGGGGUUAG